GGUCAGUUAUAUGUCGUCGGCUUAUGAGUCUGUGGCUAAGCAAGAAGAAAGAAAGCAAAAGGAAGGCACAGGCUCGAAGCAACUCAAGCACCAACCAACCCCUCCUUAGAUUCUUUCUUCUUCUUCACCGCUUCAUACAUUUAUCCUCUCUUCUACAAACUCUCCGAAAAGGGCUUCAAGUUAGUAAGAAGUUGAUCUUCACCCCAGUGAUGUUUUCAUCCAUGGAUCUAUGAUUACAGAGGGAAUCAGAGAAGAAGUUGAUCAAACUGUAGUUAUGACUGCUUGUGUGGUGGCUAGGUCCAUAGCCCGGUUGAAGCAGGCCAUCAAAAAGUCUGGAACUUUAACAUUGCUUGGUUGACUGCAUCUUCACGUGAAUAGCCUUGGAGGAAUUCUGUGACACUUUGAAGCAUUCUUCUGUAAAUCCCACUUCAUCAUGUCUGAUCGCGUGCUACAGUCAUAUCAAGAUAGGGAUGAUAUUCCCGUAAAGUCCACGAAGCAGCGCCAGUCUAUUUGGAUGUCUCAUUGGACGCGCGCGAGUGACAGGAAAGCAAAUGAAGCUCCAAAACAAUUAGGUCAUGAUCCUCCGGAAGUUGGUAAUGGUAACAAAUAUCACAGCUUACUUAGUGGGCCAGAGAUGGAAACUGGUAGUUCUAAAAUUUUCAAGGGACUUGGAGAAGUAAACAAGGGGAAAAGGAUCAACGUCAUGAACGAUAACCUUACAAUGAGUUCGAAAAGGUUGAGGAAUGAAAUGUUAGAGGGACAGUCUUCUUUUGCGAUGUUCAAACCUUCUCAAGAGAGGGAGAGUGUUUUAUAUCUGGAGAAUGUUGUGUCCUCUGGCAAUCGUGAAGGAGUCUUAAAGUCACGAAUUGGUACCAAUUCUGAAUAUGAUGUUUCCCUUGGGAGAAAUGAGGAUCACCUACCCUCAAUACCGGCACAGGCUCUUCCUGAGGUGAAAAUUCAUGAAAGAAAAUCUCAGUUUCAGGCUGAAGAUCUCAACUUGGUUCCAGAGCAGCGAGUCAAGUCUAAUAGUUUCCUAGAAAGGAGUAGCAGAGUUGUUUCUGCAGAUGUUCAGGAUGAUUUUGUAAGGUCAACCCCAGAUAUUGUGUCAUAUGAAUUUGAAGUUGGAAGGGCUCCAAUUCAGCCCUUUUUCUCUAGGUUAUAUCACAUUAAUGAAUCAGGCUCUACAUCUUUGGUUCAUGAGAAGAAAAUGAAUAAAAAUGCAGGUCUUCUCUUUCGUGAUCCCUCAACAAGCAAUAAUCAGCUAAGAGAGUCAUUUCACAUGAUGCCAAAUCGUUCUGAUUUUGAAUUUCUUCCUAGGCAGAUUAGUACCAGAGGUGAUAGCCAAUUAGAAAAAUUAUAUAAUGGAUCAUAUGCACUACCAACACUGCCCUCCGUUCAUGAUGGAGAGACAAUGAGAAUACGUCCUGCAAUAGGCUCCAUAGAAGAAUUUUCUAGAGGUCCUCCGACGUCCACUCAGACCACUCGUCGCUUUUUCAUAAAAAAAAAGACUGACGUGAACUUACCUGAUGGUGCUCAGAUGUUUAGAGAGUCAGCAAUAUCCACUGAAAUUAAGGGAAAAAUGGUGACUGAACUCCUUGCAAUAUCUCCGGAUUUUGGUUUCCAUGUCAAGCAUGGAGUGAAGCUGCUACCUCUGGACAGCUCCACAGGGAGUGAAGGAAAAGAGGGCACUGGGAAUUUUAAGACUUCUGCAGUUGUUAAGGAGAAUGAUUCAUUAGCUGAAGGAAAAGAAAACACUAAGAUUGCCAAUACUUCUGUUGUCAAUGAAGAGAACGAUUCAUCUGCUGAAACUGACACCAUGGGUAUGGAUGCUUUCUGUGAGAACCAUCUAUCUGGUGUGGCUUCAUUGCAAUCAGAUAAGGGCAUCAACGAGGGCCAGAAGUUGCCAGCUUCUCCAGCUGGAAUGCCUUCAGUCAGACAAGAAACCAAGGGCAGACAGAUGAACACCGAAUUACCCGAUAUAAACCAAGAACUUACUGUACUUCCAUGUUUGGCAAGGUCACCAGAUAACAUGGAGACAAGCACCUCAAGAACCCAGAGUUUGGAUGCGGAAUGCUUCCUUCCCCAUGCCGAGCACUCCACAAAUUCAAAAUCUAGUGAUUGCCCCGACACUCCUGUGAGACUGGACCCCUGCAGCAGAUGGUUUAAGCGUCUCAAAGCAAGUGCUUCAAAAGUUGAAGAAGCAUCAUCCCACCAGAAAUUUAGUAAGUUGUUCAACAAAAUGCUAAGACAUAGUAAGACUAGUUCAGAACCAAAGACAAGCGAGUCUGAUGGUAAAGUGUCCAUGUCAGAUCAGACUGCAGAGUUUCUGCGGAAUGCUGAAUCCUAUUCAACUGACCCAGCAAGGAAAACUCAAGAAAUAACACUCUCUCAUGUUUGGGUUCAGAGGUGGUUUCAUAAUCCAUCUGCAUCUCCGAAAAAGAAUCCUGGAGCUGUGGCAGUUUCCAAGCCAGAGAGUUCAGUGGCAGCACUAGACUUCCGGAAGAAGCAGUUUCCUAGCACUGCUGCCAUGGCUCUGAUGGGGAAGGCCAUGAAUGGUUUUUGUCCAUGUGAAUUCAGAAAAAGUGGGUCUUCUGUAGUCUGGAAUACCAAGUGAUUCAGGGACAAGCUUUCUUGAGAAAAUGCUAGGAAUGGAAAGUGAGAUAGGCAGUGCGCAGGAUGUGCUGGUUAUCUUACUGGUUGACAUAAGCGCAGCAAGUUGAAAUCUUUGAAGAUCAAUCCUCCAUCAGAUCAAUGGCUGCAGACGAAUUUUGUAUAGCCUGAAUGUUGCUUUGGUACUUAUCCUGCCUGAAAUUGUUUACAUUGCCUGCUUUCCUCCUAUGAUCAGAAUAGGUAUUGUGGAUGGAACUAGUGUGAGAGAUUUGACCGAGGUCUUGUUUAGGUUGAGAAAGUGGCAACCCAGCCUCUGCUGCUUUUCAUAGUGCAGAACUGAGAGGACUUGACCACACUCGAGCAUGCUCCUAUUGAUCCUCCAUAUGUACUGCAAGCAAACUGGAGUAAUGCUGUAAUAUCUGGAACCAGAAGCUAAAAAUAAAAGAUUUAACUGGAGGGGAUUGUACUUCGAACUUAGAUGCUUAAUAAUUAUUUACACACAUAUAGUUACAUGCAGAAAUACAUCACCAUACCUCACAUCAGCUGUACUCGUUAGGCAUACACAAGUUUGGUCUUUGACUUUUGAUAUUUUAA